AUGGCUUCAGCACACGUAGAAGCGCCAGCAGCGGACGCAAACGCCGGUUUGCCAGAUUAUCUCCUCGAUCCUAAUGCAGUAAUGAAAGAUGUUGAUGCCAAAUGGCGAUACAAUCAGCCACCAGACUACACAAAUACAAGAAAGAUAUGGGCGCAAACCAAAACCCAAAACCACACGGCUGCAUCCCUUCCCUCUCUUGUUGAAAACCUCGUCAAGAACUGGGAAGUAGAAGCCUCCUUCAAAACCGACAUUUCCGACUGGCGCACCAUUGACUAUCCCAAUUUCACCUUCUCUAUCAAUGGCGCUGCACCUGUUACAGGCGAAUAUAUGUUGAAAGUGGGUACUUAUAAUGCUAUCCUCACAUCCAACGAAUAUUAUUCUCCUGAGAAAUCGGAUUUUUCAAGUAGUCACAAGACUUUCAAAAGGAUGAUCCCGACUUUUGCGUGGGAGGUGCUGGAGGUGUAUAGUGGGCCACCGACUGUUAGUUUUAAAUGGAGACAUUGGGGUGUCAUGAAGAAUGAUUAUGUAGGGGUCAAUGAUAAAGGCGAAAAAGUAACUAUCCCCGCUCAUGGGGAUACAAUCGACAUCCAAGGCGUCGCAAUAGCCAAAGUUGACUCGGCAGUGCGUCUUCAAGCCGUUGAGAUCUUUUACGACCCUCUCGAAGUGUUCCGACAGAUAGCAAAGAAAAGCGAGGUCAAGAAAACAGAAUUGCCCAGUGGGAGUAAGGAGGAUCUGACGACCUUGCUGCAUGGGGAAGGGUAUGCGGCAGAGAAAUCGCAAGCUGGGAUAGCUUCUGCUGGGUGUCCAUUUAUGCCUGGGGAGAAUAGGGAGUAG